UUUCCACAAAUAGGUAAGUCUAAGGGAGCUUUCACAGUAUUUGAGUUGUCACCUAUGGAAAAAAAAGAAGCACAUCGCUAUGUGGUUCUAAAUUGUCCAUAUGUCAAACCGUUCAUUGAUGACUUCAAAGAUUUUGUACGAAGACGAUCUAAGGGUAGAAGGCCUUCAAAUGUAGAGAUAGAAAAAAGAGUCAAUAAAGAUUUUGUUACUUGGUUUCCUACGCAGCUUAUGAACCCAGACAUUAUGAAUACUGUGCAUGAGGAUUUGAGAUACUUAGCAAGGGGUCCAUCACAAUAUGCCAAGAGGUUUUCUACAUUUAGUAUCAAUGGGUUCUCCUUUCGAACUACCAAUCGAGACAAUGGGUUAAGGACCCAGAAUAGUGGAGUUUUCUUAAUGUCUUCAACUCCUUGUGUUGCUAGCGCUAGUGAUACUAAUGUUAGGAAUGUUGAUUUGUCAUAUUAUGGCAAAUUAGAAGAUAUUACUACAAUGGCCGAUUUCGGUGGUGACCGAGAGGAGGAUGAUCCAUAUAUUGAAGCCUCACAAGCUCGAAUGGUGUAUUUCGUCAAUGAUGAAGUGAAUAAAGAUUGGAGUGUUGUCGUGCAUUUGAAGCCAAGAGACUCAUAUGAUAUGGGGGAAAUGAAGAUGAUGAAGCAUGUGAGAAUGAGCCUUGGUUAG